CACCCCGGGGCGCGGAGGAGCGCUCUUUGCUUCCCUUUCCUUUUCCCCCCAAUCCGCACUCCCGGGCACCCCUCUACCCACUUCACGCUGCUUCGUCUCUUUCCUCGCCCCACGGCAAACUUUCGGUCCCUCCCCCGCCCCUCACCGUUAUUCGUCGUGGCUCGAGCCCCGCCGCGCUGCCCCAGGGCUCCUCCGAACCUCCCAGCCUGCAACUCAGACCAUAACAGGACCCAGAAACAUGUCGACCACACUUCUGUCCGCCUUCUACGAUAUCGACUUUUUGCGCAAGACAGAGAAAUCCCUGGCCAACCUCAAUCUGAACAACAUGCUGGACAAGAAGGCGGUGGGGACGCCCGUGGCAGCCGCCCCCAGCUCGGGCUUCACGCCGGGCUUCCUGGGAAGGCACUCGGCCAGCAACCUGCACGCGCUCGCUCAUCCCGCGCCCAGCCCCGGCAGCUGCUCGCCCAAGUUCCCGGGCGCGGGUAAUGGUAGCAGCUGCGGCAGCGCGGCGGCCGGCGGCCCGGCCUCCUACAACACCCUCAAGGAGCCCUCUGGGGGCGGCGGCGGCGGCACCGGCUCCGGCACCGGCACUGCCCUGCUGAACAAGGAGAACAAAUUUCGGGAUCGUUCGUUCAGCGAGAACGGCGAACGCAGCCAGCACCUCCUGCACCUGCAGCAACAGCAGAAGGGGGGCGGUGGCUCCCAGAUCAACUCCACUCGCUACAAAACCGAGCUGUGCCGGCCCUUCGAGGAGAGCGGCACGUGCAAGUACGGCGAGAAGUGCCAGUUCGCGCACGGCUUCCGAGAACUGCGCAGCCUGACCCGCCACCCCAAGUACAAGACGGAGCUGUGCCGCACCUUCCACACCAUCGGCUUCUGCCCCUACGGGCCGCGCUGCCACUUCAUCCACAACGCGGACGAGCGGCGGCCGGCGCCGUCGGGGGGCGCCUCCGGGGACCUGCGCGCCUUCAGCGCCCGCGACGCGCUGCACCUGGGCUUCCCGCGGGAGCCGCGGCCCAAGCUGCACCACAGCCUCAGCUUCUCCGGCUUCCCGUCCGGCCACCACCAGCCCCCGGGGGGCCUCGACUCGCCGCUGCUGCUCGACAGCCCCACGUCUCUGACCCCGCCACCGCCCUCCUGCUCCUCGGCCUCGUCCUGCUCCUCGUCCGCGUCCUCCUGCUCCUCCGCCUCGGCGGCCUCCACGCCCUCAGGGGUCUCGACGUGCUGUGCCGCAGCGGCCGCCGCCGCGGCCGCGCUGCUGUACAGCACCGGGGGCGCGGAGGACCUGCUGGCGCCCAGUGCCCAGUGCUCAGCCUGCUCGUCGGCCUCGUGCGCCAACAACGCCUUCGCCUUCGGCCCCGAGUUGAGCAGCCUCAUCACGCCGCUCGCCAUCCAGACGCACAACUUCGCCGCCGUGACCGUGGCCGCCGCCUACUAUCGCAGCCAGCAGCAGCAGCAGCAGCAGCAGCAGCAGGGCCUGGUGCCCCCUGCGCAGCCCCCGGCGCCGCCCAGCGCGCCCCUCCCAGCCAGUGCCGCCGCGCCGCCCUCGCCGCCCUUCAACUUCCAGCUGCCGCGCCGCCUGUCCGAGUCGCCGGUGUUCGACGCGCCCCCCAGCCCCCCGGACUCUCUGUCUGACCGCGACAGCUACUUGAGCGGCUCCCUGAGCUCCGGCAGCCUCAGCGGUUCCGAGUCCCCCAGCCUGGACCCGGGCCGCCGCCUGCCCAUCUUCAGCCGCCUCUCCGUUUCUGACGACUGAGGCAAGAGGGCGCCAGUGAGGAGGAAGGGAAGGCCGUUCUGGGGGCUCUGGUGGGCACCCCUGCCGCCUCGGCCCUGCUGGGGGUAUAGGCUGGCGGGCAUGAGCGUGGGGGGUGCAUGGGCACGAGCAGACUGCAGGCCGACGGGAGCACUUGGACUCGAACUUCUGUACUGGGAAGGGGUCCCCACCCCUCCCCUUUCGGUUUCCUUUUUUAUUAUUAUUAUUAUUAUUUUUAUUAUUAUUACGGAGUUCCCUUCUUGUUGAGAAAAAGCUACCAAACUUUUUGUAUUGAUGAACAAAAUAUUCACAACAGGGCAGUUAUGAUGCGAAUAGAACAAAAAAAA